GCGGUGAAUUAGAUCAGGUAAACUGGUUACUUCAGCAGAGACCAAGCGGCGCCAUCCUGAAGACAUCAGUAUGUAUGGAAACGGCGGUAACGGCGGAUUUGGUUUUGGAACAGGACCCAAUGGUCCACCUCAAGGCGGAGGUGGUGGAGGAGGGUGGAAUGGAGGAAAUGGAGGCAACGGAGGACAAGGCCGUUGGAACGGAAACGGAGGAGGAGGAUUUAACAACGGAGGAGGACCAGGCGGAUACAACGGAGGAGGACCAAGUAGUUGGAACAAUGGAUACGGAGGAGGAGGAGGUUGGAACAAUGAAAACAGGGGAGGAAAUUGGAACAAUGGCUAUGGUGGGGGAUGGAACAACGGAGGAGGAGGACAAAGAAAGGGCCAAAAUGCUACAAUUGUGGACAAUUCGGGCACAUAGCAAGAGAAUGCAACGUCCAGCAGCGGAACUACCAAGGACAGCGUACUAACGAAGCAUCAAGCAGUUUUAGCGCAUAUGCUGAUGUAGCCAAGCCCGC